GAACAUGUUCAUCGACUGUUAAUUUUUAAUGCACUUUAAAAAAGUACUCAAAAUGAGAACUUCUACUUAUAUUUUGUGUUUGACGUUUUUCUGGAUGACUUCGGCAACGAAGUUGUCAGGUCGAAUUAUUGGUGGUCAGCCUGCUUUAUAUGGGCAGUUUCCUUUUGCUGCUGCUAUUUACGUGCAUAAAACUGAUGGUCUCUAUUUCUGUGGUGGGACACUUAUUAGCAAUCAAUGGGUUUUGACUGCAGGUCAAUGUGUCGAUGGAGCUACCUUAUUUACAAUUCAAUUAGGAUCAAAUUUCUUGGAUCGAAAUGACCCAUAUCGUGUUACUGUGGCCACAAGUGAGUCAUUCCCCCACCCCGAGUUUGACCCACUCACGCUUCAGAAUGACGUCGGUCUGAUUAAACUUCGACUGCCAAUUGAGUAUUCCGAUUACAUAAGACAAAUACGUUUUCUGCCAACGUAUAGGCUUCAGGAUGCCGCACCUACAAUUGCUAUUGGUUGGGGGCAAACCAGUGAUGAGGACACAGGGUUUGCGGAGGAGUUAAUGAGGGUGAACCUAACCACUCUAUCAACCAAUGAGUGCAAGUUAACUUACGGUAGUCAAGUUACUGAAGAUAUGGUAUGCGUUGCUGGUAACUAUAACGAAGGUAGUUGUAUUGGUGAUAUAGGUAGUCCACUGUUGCAAUUUGUGGGAAGAGAAUAUUACUUAGUUGUUGGAACAGCCAGCUUUCUUAGUGCCAAUGGAUGCGAAAGUACAGAUCCAUCUGGAUACACUAGAACAUUCAGUUACAUAAGUUGGAUCAAAAAUAUUACAGGUGUUUAAUCUGAUCAGAAACAUGUAUAACAUGUAAAAAUAAUUCAUCACAAAACUCUUCGUAAAUAAAGUGAUAUGUAUUAAGUUAAAA